GGACCAUGACAAUUGAAUUGACAGUUACUUAAAAAAAAGAACUUCCUGCAUAUGUAAUAAUAAAUAAUAAUCAUAUAUAUGUCGGUAAAAACAAUGUUGCGGGGCCAUGGCAUUGUUAAUAAAUUAUGUGCCUCGUGUCUACAAAAUGCUCCAUUGUCUAGGUUUUCUAGUAAUAAUCCUGGGGCUAAGCAUAGGCUCAAAAUUACAGAUGAUUUCAAAAUAGAUGAUUUAGAUGAUCUUGAUUAUGAGGCAAAUUUCGAAUCACUGGGUACUUCUCAUAAGCAACAUAUGAAAGAGUUAAAAGCAAUGAAGGAAAAAUUACAAUAUGACAUUGUUAAGCAAAAAUAUUUCAAACAAAAGUAUCCUAAUUUUCUAACAUGGCAUGAUAAAGAACAAAUAAAACAAUUACAUGAGAAAGAUCCUGAAGAAUGGAAUGUUAUAAAACUGUCUGAAGGUUUUCCGGCUCUUCCAGAUGUCAUACGGAAAAUCAUUAAAUCUAAAUGGAGAAUGGAAAAUGCUGAAAGAAUGAAGAAGCACGAUGAAUUGGUUCAAGAUAAUUGGAGAAAACUGAAAAAUAAUGAAUACAAAGAAUUACCAAGUGAAUUAAUUGCACAUUUAAUGAAAUUUUCAAAUAGAAAAUUUAAUUUUCAUAACUAUGAUGAUGUGGUAGAUUAUUCAAAUAUCGAAUAUAAACCAAAACUCAAAAGUACAGAAUUUUCAGAUAUUAUUACUAGUUAUGACGAGUUGAAAAAAAAUAAAAGUCCUGCAGCUAUUGAGAGUAAAGAUGCAAAAAACAAUAUCCAAAAUCUCACUUCAAUGGAGAGUAUAAAUAAAAUGAAAAAAUCUGAGGAAGAAGAUACUCAUAUUACAGGAACUAUAAAAAAUAAACAACAUAUGACUUUAAGUACUUUGAGAAAACACUUGCAAGAAAAAAGUGCAGGCAAACUAUUGUCAAUUGAAGAUAUGUCUAUAAUUGAACUGCAAGAAAAAGAAGUUGUCAAAGAAACUCCUGUUUCAGGAAUUGAUCAGUUAGAUUAUACUAAAUAUAAUACUGGUAAAAUAAUGAAAAUUGAUGAAAAAAAGGUGAUCGAUUAUAACCAUUUGAUAUAUCCAGAACAUAUAAAAAUUCCAAAAAAAAUUUUAAAGAGAGGUCAAACCUAUAAAUUAAAUGAUUGUUUUUAUGACAGUGAUGGUACAUUUUUGUAUAGAGUACCUGGAAUGUGAUAACAAAUGCUCAUUGAAUAAAUGGAGCAGAUUUCAGUCAAAGAUUAUUUUAUAUUCCCUUACGUGAUGAAGGCAGUAUUCAUUUAAUAUGAGUUAGAAAUAAAUAUUAUUGAGCUAUUUCA